AUGUGUUUCCCCUGCUCCUUCCAUUACAUCAAACAAUUCACUAAUAAUAACACAGCCCAUGGAUACUGGCUCCAGGGGAUUGACCAGAAUACACUGGUGGCUACCAAUGACCUCCAGGGGAAUGCCCUGCCCUGGGCCCGGGGCCAAUUCCACCUCACUGGGGACCUACAGAAGGAUAAUUGCUUUCUGAGCAUUCCUGAGAUUCCAGAAGCAGGAUCAUGGGAAUUACUGAUUCCGGAUCUGACACAGAAACCAGAGAUCUCCAUUCCAGAUCUUCUGGAGUCUGGACACCAAGUGACCCUGACCUGUAUAGCUCCUGGAGUCUGUAGAGAGGGGAUGCCCCCCAACUUUCUCUGGACUGGCUCUGCUCUCUCUUCCCAGGGAUUUGUCUCCCCAGAUCUUAACUCCUCCAAACUCCUCUUCACCCCCAAAGCACAGAACCAUGGCGCUAACCUCACCUGUCAGGUGACAUUCCCAGAGGCCAGAGUGACCACAGAGACAACUGCCCAGCUCAGGGUUGCCUACCUGCCCAAUGUCUCUCUGAACCUCCUGGUGUACUAUUCCCCAAGGAUGCUUGGCCCCUCUUGCUUGUGGGCAGAGGAGGGAUCACUCCAGGGAGACCUGGCUCCUCCCUCCUUGCACUGGUGGAUGGGAGAGAGUAUUGUGCAUAGGAAUGGCAGUGACAACACCCUCCCUGUGGUAUACAGCACCUCCAGGAGCUGGACCAUCAGCAGUCUGAUCCUGGUCAAGAACCUGAUGCCCAGCCUUGGCAUCUGCUGUGAAGGGAGGAACCACCAUGGGACCCAGAGUGUCAGUGUCCUGCUACUGGUACUAGAGCAGGGUGAGGGGACAGAAGGGAAGAAGGAUGGAAGAGAAAAUGGCUCCUCUCAGGCUGCAUCUCUCCUCAGUUCCUGCAGGCAUUCUCCACCUCAAAGACCUCAUGGCUCUUUUUAUGAGAAUUCUGGGAAGCAAGACUCCUUAGAGCACAUUCCCUCACCUGCGCUGGACUCUUGCUCACAGGAAGGGGAGGACCAGGUACAAUAUGCCUCUGUCUCUUUCCAAGCCCAGAAGCCCCAAGAGAUUCCCAAGCCUGAAGACACUGACGCUGAGUAUUCAGAGCUCAAGUUCAAAUAA